CCACCCCCGAGGCAGAUGGAAGCACUGAGUGGAUCCUGUUUGCUGAUCCCGUGUAACUUCAGCGCUGGCCCAGAUAACUCACGAGCAAUCUUCGGAGUGUGGAUUAAAAAAGAGUCCGCAUUUGACCAAAAACCAAAGAACGUGAUUUUCCACAGUGAUGGGACAAUCAACAGAUAUCCAAUGAGUAUUACAGGAAACCUGAAAAAGGGAAACUGCACCACUCUGUCUAGUUUGAAAAAGAGUCACACAGACAAAUACUUCUUCAGGAUUGAGAACAGCCCAUUUAUGGCAACAGCUGCAUGUGAUCCUCUUCAAAUAACAGUGAAAGAUUCUCCUCCGAGCCCCACCAUUGAGAUCUCAGGUGAUCUGAAGGAGGCGGAGUCUGUCACUGUAACCUGCUCAGCUCCAGCUCCCUGUCCACACUCCCCUCCUAAACUCACCUGGACUCUCCAACAAGACCCUCCCAACACAAUGGAGGAAAACCCAGAUCGGACCUUGACGACUAAGAUCCAGAAGACCCUCACUCUGACAGACCAACAUGAUGGAUUCAACAUCACCUGCUCUGCCAGCUAUCCUGUGAAUCAAGGGAAAGAUGUGAAGACAGCAGAGGAGACAAAGACUCUCCAUGUUUCAUAUGCUCCUAAGGACACCUCCGCCUCCGUCAGUCCGCCCUCUUUGGUGUCAGCGGGCAGCUGGGUGGAGCUGAGCUGCUCCAGCAGAGCCCAGCCUCCCGUCAGCAGCUUCACCUGGUUCAAGGAGAGCCAAGAAGGAGUCAUGAACGUCUCACAGGGAGAGAUUUACAGCUUUAAUGCCACAGAGGGAGGACGUUAUUACUGCGUAACCACAAAUGGGCUUGGUAAUGGAACGUCAACAAUGAUCCAUCUUAAACUUAAAGGUAACAGGACUGGACCCACAAACUAUGACCUUUAA